GGGAUGGAUCUAUCUAGAAGGAAGAUUUGGAAUUAAGAUAGAAUACCUGUUGGCCAGGUUACUGCAGUGAAAAAGUUGCGAUAGAGCAGAGCAGAUAAGAAAAGAAAGCCAGACACAGAUUGGAAAGAAAAUGGCAGAAACAAGAAAAGAUAUUGAAGAUGAAUUAAGAAAGAAGAUUGAUGAAGAUCGCCUCUCAUCAGAUAUUAAACUGAGUUUAUUUUCAGCAGCUCUUCAAAGCUACCGACACGACACAGUCUUACGUCCUUUCCCUCCCCAAUUUAUUAAAUCUGACACAGAGAAAGACAAUUCAAAACUCAGUAAAGUCUUCAGUGAAAUCCUUAAACUCACCAAAUUAGUCCCAUGCCUGAAUUCCAUGUCAUUAGAUGCCUUAAAACUUUUAAAAUGGGCCUUAGAUUCCAAAAGAUUCAAGACAAAGCUUUUGGGAAAGAAUAGUUUCGAAAUGAUAAUUAAACUCACAGGCAGUACGACCCCUGUUCCUCCACCAACACAUAUAUUUGAAAUCGAAUACAACGAAGCAAGUGAACAAAAAUUUCAAGACAAAAGACAAGAUAGAGGAGUUAUCUUUGCAUAUCAUGGUAGUCGAACGGAAAAUUUUCAUUCCAUUUUACACAAUGGUUUAGCGUCACACAUGAACAAAGUAUCAGUUUUUGGAGAAGGGACGUAUUUAUCUGGUGAACUCUCUGUGUCUUUGAAUUAUUCCCCUUCUGGUUUUACUUGGGAAAAUAGUGAAAUUGGUCAUAAAGUAGGUUGUGUGGCAGUGUGCGAAAUUAUUGAUGAUCCCGCAACAGUUAAACGUCAAGUUUCAGAAAAAGAUGGAGUCAAAACAAAAUCCCGUGCAAGUGCUAAAAAUAGUGAAGCGGGAGAUGUUCCUGAUAAAUAUUUUGUGGUUGAAAGCAACGAAGUUAUACGUGUAAAAUACCUCUUGGUUUAUGCUGAUAAGGCAAGCCAUAAACAUCUUAAUAAUCGACCCACUUUCUUUCAACAACAUAAAUUUGUUAUUAUGUUAGUGUUCUAUGGUUGUAUAUUGUUAGCUGUUGGUUUGGCAAAUUCUCGAACAUUUAAAUAUCACAUCCGAAAAUUUCUUAAAUAACUUUUGUUCAUGCUUUGCUCAAAGCUUUAAGACUAGAUUAACAAUAUAUGAUCUCAGUCUAAAACAGGUUACAUAUUUAUUUUAAGUUAUAUUUAAGCAGGCCUUUCUUGUUGAAUAUUCAUUAUUUUUGUGGUCUCACUUCUGUCAAUCACAAAGUUGACUAAUUAUUGAACUUUCCUUUAGGAAAACCUUGAACUUUUGUGUACAACCCGACCGGUUUCAUUUUGUUGAGGUUGAACUCUUCAGGGGGCAACAACCCUGCAGGGGAUGGGAACUUACCUGUCAGCAUUAUAGGUAGCAAAAUUGUAACAAUGUUUACCGUGUCAAUGCUCAGACUACUAUCAUUCGUGCCAAGAAUCCUACAUAAGCAUUGUACGGAUGUAUUAUUGUAUAUUGAUGACAGACACGUCAUAUGCUUUCGUGUCCUUCUAAAAACAGGUAGGAAC